AUGGCGAUGCCUUCUGGUUAUAAACCUUCGCCGCUCGGCUAUGGGUCCCCUCGAAGUUCCCCCUUCCGUCGCCCAGAGUCUCCAGUAUCACCAUCUGCAUUUAGACAAAACAGCGAGACCCCGCAAGUUUCGCCCCUGAAGCUCGGAAAGAGCGUGAGCUUCACAAGAGCAAGCACCGCCGAUAGCACACCUACCGUGACCAACGCCACACCUCCGACGUGGAGGGCGCGGCCGACGCAUGACGAGGCAGCUAGGACAGCUUAUUCGACAUCGCCAACGCGACAGGCCCCGAUAUCGAACAGCAUGGCUUCACACGGAAACGCGCUGUCCCAGCUGCAGCCGUCGCAAGUCCGGACGCUGCGGGAUGGCUUCCAGAUUCUUGAUCGAGAUAGCGACGGCGUUGUCAACCGGGAUGACGUAGCUGACAUGCUAAACCAGCUGGGUUUGCCGUCCGGCCCAUCAGACGUUGCUCAGUUCUUUCCACCUUCGGCGCCGCAAACUAUGACCAUGCCCCUGUUUCUCAAUUCUCUAGCUAGCACACUGGCCGCGCUGUCUCCGAGCCAAGAGCUACUUUCUGCGUUCUCCGCAUUUGAUGUCGACGAUAGCGGCCAGAUCGAUCUCGCUGAGCUGCGCGACGCCCUACUAAAUACGGCGCCCGAACCCGGCGAGCGCCCACUGACCGAGGCAGAGGUGAAUCUAGUUUUGACUGGGUUUACGGGGCGCAGGGCAUUCAAUCGUAACUUGAACCCUACGCGAGGUGGGAGGAACGAAGUGUUCAAGUACCAAGAUUUCGUAAACUCUAUCAUGGGGUCCAAUGGCGGCGCCGACACGGAAGAGGGCAAGAAUCAAAACUAG